GUCAACCGUGUCCGAACCCAAUGCGACCAGAGUUUACAUGCUGCUCCGGCGUUUGUGGAAACCAUGGUCGAUGCAACACGGCCUGUUUAAAAGAGACUUGGGAAUGUCACCCUGAAGGGACGUACCCUUGCUGUCAAACCGGUCUGCUCUGCUAUGGUUGGACCAAAAGUGGAUAUGGUCAUUGUCGUCACGGUGGUAUUACGAAGACACUGGACAUUGGCUCGUAUUACUUGAUUUAUAUCGUUACAAGUGACCAUGGUCGACUUUGUUGGUAUCUGGAUCGUGGAAAUCAAGGGAAUAAUUACCAAUUUUCAUUCCGCCUCGACCCACGUUGCAAUCCGAAUGAUCUCAGCUUCAUGUGGAAAGUAUUACCGGGCGGAUACCCUAACACGGUGAUUUUUGAAAACAAUCAAUUCCAGUCUAACUGCGUGUCGGCAGUAUUUUACGACGUGACAUGUUACGGUGAAGAAGAGCCCGAAAGAGAUCGAGAAGUAGUCUGUUCGACACAUGUCGACCCCAACCGCCUGGGCCCUUUUCUUGGUGGCUGUGACAACAAAGGAGGCGUCGACACCCCGUACAACAGUUGGACUAUUUCUGGCCCUAAAAUUUUCAAUAGGCAGACUGGCAGAUACAUAACGGGAACAGCGUCAAGAUCUCUGACGAUGGAACAGCUAGGCGUCGGUGGUGGUAUACAGGACUGGGUGUACUACAAGAUACCGUGGGUUAAAGAGAUUGGACCAGUAGGGUAUAAACCGGGGUUGGGUUGAGUUAGGCUAGGUUAACAUUUUAAUUUAAUUUUUAAUUUAGUUAAUUUUAAUUUUUUGAACCUGUACAAUUGUACGAAUUGUAAUUGUCUAUAUCCAAUUGUUCUUCCGCGAGAAUAAUAAUAAGAAUAAUAAGAAUAAUAAUCGAAGAAAGUGAUUUUGUGUUUUAAAG